UAAUAAUAUAAUAAUAUAAAUAUAUAAUAUUGUAACGCGUACAAUACGCCGCCGCGUAGUAGUGGAACCGACAACGCUCCUCGUCAGUGUAUAUAUAUAUUCUAAUAUCGUUCUACACACGAUACACCACACCGGCUCGCUCGCACAUUCGUUUUUCGUCUCUCAUCGUCUGCAGUACUCGCCCACCUACCAUCCUGGCAAUACCGUUCACAGCGGUGUAAUAUAUAGGAAUAGUACUACCUGGGUCCUUAUAUUAUAACAUUUUACCGCCGUCGUCCGAUUUCGUUCGAUUUUCCCGGUCUUGACCAUGGAAGCUUUCCUGAACAAAAAAUACAAGCUCAGCUCCAGCGAAAAGUUCGACGAGUACAUGAAAGCUUUGGGUGUUGGUAUGAUGACCCGUAAAUUGGGUAAUACCGUAUCUCCGGUGGUGGAGCUGACCAAAAGCGAUGACGGCAAACUUGUGCUGUCGUCGAACUCGACGUUCAAAAACUCGUCUAUCGCGUUCAAACUCAAUGAAGAAUUCGACGAGGAGACACCCGACGGCCGCAAAGUGAAGUCACUCAUCGUCCAGGACGGAAACAAGCUGGUGCACACCCAAAAAUGUGACAAACACAACGACACCACGAUCGUUAGAGAAUUCGAGCCCGAACAAUUGAAAAUGGUCCUGACUGUCGAUGACAUCACUUGCACCAGAGUCUACAAACCAGUCCAAUAAAUAUAAUAUAUUAUUAUUUAUUAUACCUACUAUUUAAUUAUUAUACGAUUCAGAUCUUUUUCAACUUAUCCGGAAUUUGGCCUACUAUAUUAUAUUUAUUAUAAUGUUUUACAUGUGAUUUAUGAUAUAAUUACACGAACUAUAUUUAUUUAAUUUUAAUAA